GAGGGGCGCGAGUCUGGAGACCCACAGGCACCGGCUAGGGCACACUCUGGGAACUCCUGCGACUUUCGGGACGCGCGGGACUGUCCGCUACUUUGGGUCCCCGGGAGCACCAGGCGCGGGCACCGAACCCUCGAGUUUUCCGCUGGUGGUGGGACUGGGGGCUUCGCGGAGUCCUGGAACUGGAGCGACGCUGGGUCUUCUGGUUGUCCCCUGGAGGGGAGGGCCCACGGGCGGUGACAUCUGGGUGCGCCCUUCCCAGGCGUGGUACCUUUGGGCGUCACUCGCCGGGGGGCGUUUCCUGAGACCCUCAGAGAUCUUAGAGACUGAAGUUCAAGGCCCUGGUGUUCCCGGUGAACUGACAACUUGUGACCGGUCAAGCUCAGGAACAAGUCCAUCAGGAACCCCCAGGUUGGCACUCUGUGGCCCAUCUGGCCGUACCCAGUCAACAUGAUGGACACAGAGAGCCCCAUCUGUCCGCUCUCCCCACUUGAAACAGAUGACCUGGAGAGUCCCUUAUCAGAAGAAUUCUUACAAGAAAUGGGGAACAUCCAAGAGAUCUCUCAGUCCAUCGGGGAAGAGAGUUCUGGAAGCUUUGGUUUCGCGGACUACCAGUACUUAGGAAGCUGUCCAGGCUCUGAGGGCUCGGUCAUCACAGACACCCUCUCUCCAGCUUCCAGCCCCUCCCCAGGCAGCUGCCCUGUGGUCCCCGCCAGCACGGAUGAGUCCCCUGGCAGUGCACUGAACAUUGAGUGUCGAAUAUGCGGUGACAAGGCCUCAGGAUACCACUAUGGAGUCCACGCAUGUGAAGGCUGUAAGGGCUUCUUUCGGCGAACUAUUCGACUAAAGCUGGCCUAUGACAAAUGUGAUCGAAGCUGCAAGAUUCAGAAGAAGAACCGGAACAAGUGCCAGUACUGCCGCUUCCACAAGUGCCUGUCCGUCGGGAUGUCACACAAUGCAAUUCGUUUUGGAAGAAUGCCAAGAUCCGAGAAAGCAAAACUGAAAGCAGAAAUCCUUACCUGUGAGCACGAUCUGGAAAAUUCGGAAACUGCGGACCUCAAAUCUCUGGCCAAGAGAAUCCACGAGGCCUACCUGAAGAAUUUCAACAUGAACAAGGUCAAGGCCCGGGUCAUACUCGCAGGAAAGACUAGCAACAACCCGCCUUUUGUCAUACAUGACAUGGAGACCUUGUGUAUGGCUGAGAAGACACUUGUGGCCAAGAUGGUGGCCAAUGGCAUCCAAAACAAGGAGGCAGAGGUCCGGAUCUUUCACUGCUGCCAGUGCAUGUCUGUGGAGACUGUCACCGAGCUCACAGAAUUUGCCAAGGCCAUCCCGGGCUUUGCAAACUUGGACUUGAACGACCAAGUUACCUUGCUAAAGUACGGUGUGUAUGAAGCCAUCUUCACAAUGUUGUCCUCCAUGAUGAACAAAGACGGGAUGCUGAUAGCGUAUGGCAAUGGCUUCAUCACUCGGGAGUUCCUAAAGAACCUGAGGAAACCAUUCUGUGACAUCCUGGAACCCAAGUUUGAUUUUGCUAUGAAGUUCAAUGCCCUAGAACUGGAUGACAGUGACAUUUCCCUUUUCGUGGCUGCUAUAAUUUGCUGUGGAGAUCGGCCUGGCCUUCUAAACAUAGGAUACAUUGAGAAGUUGCAGGAAGGGAUCGUGCACGUGCUCAAGCUCCACCUCCAGAGCAACCAUCCGGAUGACACCUUUCUCUUCCCGAAACUUCUUCAAAAAAUGGUGGACCUUCGCCAGCUGGUCACGGAGCAUGCGCAGCUCGUGCAGGUCAUCAAGAAGACCGAGUCGGACGCAGCGCUGCACCCGCUGCUGCAGGAGAUCUACAGAGACAUGUACUGAUUUUUCCUGAGAUGGCAGCCAUUGCCACCAUUCAAGACUUCUGAGGUCUGCAGCCCCAAACAGGAGAGCAAGGAUUUGCACGGAUGACCACCCUCCUAUCCUUGGAGGUGAAGAGGGCUGGGCCUAAGUAAUGCAGGCUCUCCCCACGUCUUUCCUUUCUCAAUGGGCACUUCUAAGACUGCCUUUCCUCGAAUGGAGACUACAAAUAGGAUUCAGACAAUUACAGAGAAUGGCAGUCCCCGGUCUGAUUUUAACUGGCCCAAUGAUAGUCAAUGCACAUUUCUCUACAUCACAUUUAUAAUUUGCCAUUAAUUAACAGGUAACCUCAAAGCCCUCGCAGUCUCUUCUUUUCCUGCCGUCCUUCUGGCUGUGAGCACUCUUGUAAAUCCCGAAAACUAAUCUGCACUUUUUAACCUUUCAAACCUAUAUAAGUCAAGGUGCGGCCCAAGGUUAGCCAGUUAAACAUGGCAAAAAAAGUUUAUUGAAAAGACCCCCCCCCUUCUGUUUCAUGGCUCUAAAGAGAGAGAGAGCUGACUUCUGAGAACAUUUCAAGAAUGGUUUGAUAAGCUAUCAGAACCCAGCCCCAUCAUUUUCUUUACUGACCACUGUUUUGGAGGAUAUAACUGACCCAUGGGGAAAAAAAAAUUUUUUUUUCAGAUUUGUGUAGAAGAUUCCAGAAAGUUACAUCUCAAGAAGCCUCAGGAGGCUUGAGGUAGUGUCUGAUACACAAAGACAGGAUGAGCCCGAGCAGCUAGUUCUGUGGCUCUAUUCACAUCAGACCCACAGCGUGGGGGCUUGGCAGCGAUUUCAGAGGUAGAUUCACAAAAGAUUUGUAAACGCUCCUCUAGGCCCCUUUGGCAGCUCCUUUAAUAUGACACUUUGUUGCAUUUUGAAAACUGUCUUGGUGGUGAGGUGCUCCCUGGAGUGGAGAAGGCAAAAGCUGACUUCGCCACCCAGGCUGAAGGGGGCUGGUUAUCCUGCGGAACAAGAGACAAGAGUGUGAUUUCAUUCAUCUUCUAUUUGUACCCAGCCAACAACCUCACAGCCCUUGGUUGGUUUGCUGUUGUUGUUGUUUUUGUUUUGUUUUUUUUUUUUUGUUUUUCAAAGAACUAGAUGGUAAGGUCCCUUUUUCUCAGUCCCAUUGGGCGAACGGUGCUGGCUACCUUCAAGAGAAACAGUUGCACAAAGACUUCUCAGACCUCAUGGGCCUGCCAGCUCCUGCCCUCUAAGGGGAUAGCUGCAUAUUUCAGAUCAGGUUGUAUCUUCCUCCUGCACCAUCUUUAGAAAAUUUGGCUCUUCUGGCAUCAUCACUAUUUCUUAUGAAAUAAUGGUCGAGAUGGAUACUGCCAAGGAGUAGAGGGCAUAGCUCAGUGGAUAGAGAGCUUGAUCACUGGUGCUGCUUUAGGGUAGGCAGAUGCCGGUAACCUCAGAGAAGUUAGAGGUUACUUUCAGAUACAUAAGUCAGCUUGAUGCCAGUCUGUGCUGGGUGAGACCUCCCCCCGCCCUUUUUUUUUGGGGGGGGGAGGGGGAGAAAAGAUUGAUGCUGAUAAAAUGUUCAAGGUCAGCAUUAUAAAAACAGUAGAAAGAAAAAUAAGGCCAUGACAUUUCAAGUAGGAAAAAGGGAGAAUUAGGGUCAAGGUAUGCUUCAAGAUUUGCACCCUUACUGGCCUCCUUCCUUCUUCCCUCCCUUUCCCUCUUUCCUUCUCUUCCCCCUGUCUUUUUUCCUUCCUCAUUCCCACUUUCCCUUCUGUCCUUCCUUCCUUGCUGCCAGUCAAAGGCUUUGUUGGACAACAGUCGUUGUAGGCAAUCUGCCCAGGCUCUUCGCAAUCAGAAGCAGAGCAAAUCAUUUCCAUAUAUGAUCCCAGUGAAGGUUGAGCUCAUUCAGGAAGAAGCCAGCCUUUUCGUAAUAUGGCAUAUCCAGUCCUUGGUCCUUCCUACAGGGCUAGAGCUGGUCCUGGUUUUGGAGGGUCAAAGGAUGGAUUCCAGUGCCAAGUCUCUUCUGUGCACUGGUCCCCUCUGAGGGCAGGCUCCUGAUGAACUUUAGACAAAUGCCACUCCAGUGACCUUGGAAAGUGGGUUUUGAAAAGUAGCCCCUUGCUGUAUGCUUUCAGCAUGGGCCACAGAGAUGACUGACAGGUUCUGGGGCAGUCUGUAUCUGAACUGAUGCUCAGUAGUGUUCACGAAGGUUUCGUUCUCCACAGCCUCGUGAGAUUGCCAGUAAGCUAUCCCCAGAGAAGCCAGGUGGGACCACAGUGACCUUGGCUUGAAAGUCACUGACUUUCUGCACUCUCAUUACUGGGUAGGAUAUUCACAAUGUGGCCACAUGGUGCUAGGAUCUUUGAGGUCACCUAGUUAGAUUUCUCAAGGGGUCAGUAACCCAAGACAUGCCAGGUUGAAUACUGUGGCACAUUUAGGAACUGAGGAGGUGGGCAGCUAUAGUCUGCAAGGUGUCAGUGGUAUCGGCCAACAGCCCAAUAAGGGGUGCCACCUUGGUUCCUGGAGCUCUAGAGCAGGGGUAUGAAACCAGCACUGAUAGCAAACUCCUGGUGCCAGACUCCUUGGAGACUGAUGGGGACCAAGCAGCCUCGAUGUCCCUCUUUCCCACCUCCUGAUAUCUGCAAGAGGCUGUGUGACCUAGUGAAGAAACAUUUGCUGUUAAAGGGGACGCACAUAUGCAAAGGUUACUGUCAUCUACUGAACUGAGGUCGCUCAUCCUGUCUGCAGGGGCCACUCCACAGACCCUCCCUGCACAACACCCCUUUCUGCUGGAACCCCCAGGGGAGGUUCCUUGAAACAGACCUUCAGAAAAACAAAACAAAAUAUGGCCCUUGGGCUCCUCUACACCCAGCUCGCAUCUUUCUGAUUCCAAAUGUGUUUUACCUUGAGCCCUUAUCCAGCACACCGUGACAUAAGGCAUAUUGGACUCUCAAGUAGCCAGAUGGAUGGAGGAAGGGGAUUUUUGUCUUGCAUCAUUGGCCACAUGGUUUAAAAAUGUCUUGCUGAACUCCAGUUUAAAGCUCUUCUCAUGUCCCCUGAGAUUGAUUAGCCUUUGGUCCCAGGGCCUCCUACAGCCAGAAAGCUCACCACCUUCACUCUAUCUGUCUUUAACUUGAGUGGCCUUUCAAGAUGGGGUUACACUAGGAAAACGCAGCAGCUGCCUACAACUGCUCAUCCGGCAUACAAAGCGGGUCCCGGUCUCCUUCCACAUCCUCUGGAAGGGUGAGAACAGGAACCUAAACCCAUCUUCGGGUAAACACCACCAGCCUGAGGGGUGAGGGCCAGCUUGGUUUCCCGAUGAACCACCAGGCACCACAGUGUACCCACUGCACAUCAGUAUGGCUGACACCAUGACCAGAGUAGGGUAAGAAUAUUAGAGCAAUAGCCUGACUCAGAGCAGAGACAGCUCUUGUCUUUACCUAAAAACACAGCACACACAAAACCUCCACCAACAGGUUUCAGUUUAAAUAGUGGAUCUUGUUCCUCACUCAGCCUCCUCUGAGGAAUGUGUUGGCAUCUCUCGUUUUGCUUCAGUGUAUCGGCCUGUUGGUUUAUCAAAAAAGAGGUUUGUGGCCCCUUAUCAGGACAGAGUGUGAGAGGCUGCCGCCGCCUGGCCAGUCGCCAGCCUGUGGACAUUUUCUCAGCAUCAAACCUCAGCCCCAUCUACUUCUUAGUCUGAGAUAAGAGAAAUGGAGUCCGUUGCUUUUCUCCUGCAACAGAACUUUAGUCAGGGAGAGUGGUUGCAUAGUGGGGUGCACCUUUUGGAGAAUGCUGUGCCAACCAGAAAUGGACCAAACUGCACCCAUGGUCACUAUCAUGUCUUGACAAAGCACCUGACACCUUAGUGGUGGUCAGGUGCCAUUGUUGGCAAGAAAAGGAGAAACAUCAAGUUUUAUGUCAUAGAUAAAGCUGUUUUGCUCUCUUUUUAUUUAAGUUUCCCAGUUGGGGGUCAAAUAUGAAAACCCUGCAGUUCUCUGAAGAGAGAAGGAAAUAAUGGCCUCUUCUUCUCUCACCUCUUCCCCCAAACCAAACCCAGCUUCAAAUUCAUUUAUUUGGUGAAACAGAUGCUCUAACCCUGGGCACAGGUCACCCUGGCAGUGGUGAGGCCAGAGCAGAGGCAGGUGGGCCUCUGGGCUCCCUGGCUGUCAGCAGCUACUUAGGCAUUUUUCCCAGGCCCCUGACACUCAGCUAUGCUUUUAAGUCACAUAGAGCCUAGAUUCAGGCCCUAAAGACUAGGGAGUAGUUGACCCUUUCUUGGUCAAAUUGUCACUUUGGGAAAUUUUACUUAAAAAAAAAAAAGGCACAGCCAGCUCUUGUCAGGACUGAAACUAAGUGUACCUCACAACAGAUGAAUGACACUUGGCAUUUAUUCUCGGAUGAUGUCCAGUAUUGUCCGUGUUAAGUGUCAUCAUGUUUUCUGCACUGAAUGAAAAGGAAUUAUCUUCAUAGCUAUAUCUAAAGGACUGUGAUUUCUGUGUUUUUCUUUUUAAACACUGAUACACGUAGUUGACUAGCUUGUGGUCAUGUGUCUAAUCGCCAACACCUGGAAUCUUCUAGGUCAGGGUUCAGUGCAGUGUCUGUUCAAAGCCUGGCUCUCAAACCUGCUGGACAUACAGGAAGCCCAAGUAAAGAACUGCAACACAGCUGCCCACGCGUGCUCACCCCUCAGUGCCCCUGAGCCAGGCACCAUCUCUUCCCAAUUUGUGAAUCUGCUCUGCCAGACAUUCUUUUUUUUUUUCCUUUAAACAAGUACAAGCCAAUCGGUAUCUAUCUCUGCCAACUAGGCCUUCCUGAACCCCGGCUAGAAGUCACCAACCUGACAUCAGUAUUCCCAUCGAGGCCACCGACUAGGCCUGUGGGGUCAACUUGCUGCCCAUUGUUCAGGGAAUUAUUACUUAUGAAUUAUUACCAAAGAACUGAGGCAAUCUGAGCUGUUCCACUGAGUCUCUAUGUCAUUUCCAAUGUCCUGGCCACAUUUCUCCUUGGUGUGUCUUUGUAACACCCUCCAAGAUCCACAAUGCCAUUAUAUCAGAUCCUGUGGGGAGAGGGUCUCACAGACACACACGAGGACAUACACAUUUCCAAAGCAAGGCCUAAGGCCCGCUUCCUGCCACCUGUUCACUAUUGUCCUCGGUGCCAUUCUUGCAGACCUCUGUGAUAAGGGCAGUCCUGAAUAGGAAGUGUUGAGCAGGUACAAGCAUCCUCUCACACUUCCCAGCUCGUUGUGGAUACAGGGAUACCCAAGACAUCAGGAAUCCAGGGGGAACACAGAAGGGCAAAUAGAAAUUUUUAGUCCUAUGAUCUGAUUGGUUCCAGGCAAUUAGAAAAUGGCUAUAACUUAACAUUAAUUUAAAAAAAGAAAAGUCUUCUUUGUCUUCUCCAUAGCAGAUUGAACUGACUGUACGUAUUGAUAUGUAUUGAUUUAUAUCCUGAAUUUAUGGGAACCUGUAUGUUUGGAAUGUCCUACUAUAAGACUGAUGAAUGUAAAAGAGUUAAUUUCAGGGUACAGUUUUGCCUUAAUGGUUUUAAAAAAAAAUUAAACUAUUUUUAAAAUUUA